AGGAGGAGAGCAGGGGAUGCAUCCAGCCAGAGGUAGGCACCCGCUUGGUCCAGGACUCGCUUGCUCAGGACUCAGGAUGGCUGCUGCACGCCGCUGCCUCUCCCUGCUGUUCCUGUCCAUGUGUGUGGCUCUGUUGCUGCAGCCGCCGCUGGGUGCCUCUGGGGCCCCGCUGGAGCCAGUGUACCCAGGGGACGACGCCACACCAGAGCAGUUGGCCCAGUAUGCGGCUGAGCUCCGCAGAUACCUCAACAUCCUGACCAGGCCCAGGUAUGGGAAAAGAGACCAAGAAAAAACGCCAUGGAACCUCUUGGAGUGGGGAGCCCCCAACAAAGUUGCCCCCAGGUAGCUCAGCCAGAUGGACGUGUAAGCCACCCCUGCCUCCUCCGCCUCCAAGGCCAGUGCCGGCCCAGGUCUCUCCUCCACACCCGGGGUUCUGGCCAAAGCUUGCUCCCCACUCCCACAGGCUGAAUAAAGCAAAUCAAAGACAUUGCCUCUCUCUGCGUGUCUCUGUGGACCCUGGUGCAUUAGGAGUAGCCAAAGGCAGGAGAGAAAGGGGGAGGGGACGGAGGGGAAGGGAAAGAAGGGUGUUAGGAAUGGACAGACCAUUUGUGGGGCCAUCAGAGCCAUUGAGCUCAGCUCCACUUCACGGAGGGGCAAGUGUGGCCCAGAGGGAGGCAGCGACUCCCCCAGGGUCACUCAGCGAGCCAGUGAGGUGGCACUGAAGCCUGAAUCUUCCAUUUCAGCACCUAUAGACUCUCCUGAUCAUUGGCCCAGUAACAGCCCAGUGCCCAAAUGGACCCCCUCCCAUUCUUCCCUAUAGUUUAGUGUCCUUGGCAUGGGGGCAGCGAGACAGCCCAGCCCAGAGGAAUGACUGGA